GUUAUAUGUAUUAUUUUAUGAUGCGUUUACUUUAUAACCUAUUAUGGCUAUCCAUCCAUUAUUUACAUUUGGCCAACGGCCAACUAGAUAUUCGCAACUCGUCAACCGACCUCGUUCCUAUCUAUCAACCUUACUUAUCGAGCCUCAGACAGAACCCUGCAUUAUUUAACCCUGCUCUUGGUGGACAGGACUGGGGGAUGUGUUGCAACUUGGUUGUUAACGAAAGCCUUGUUAUCGAAAACGACACACUCUAUAUCCGGCCUGGGCAAAGCUUUUUCACGGGCACAAUAAAUGAUCUUGAAGAGUUUCCUACCAGGUUUCCUUGCGGCGCAAAAUAUAAUGGAACUUUAUCGGCGCCUCACCAACAAUUUUGGAUGCCUUACUCGUGGUGUUACAACCAUUGCCCUGGAUGGCCUGUUACAAAGGCGAGCGAUCUCGGAAAAUGGCUGAAACCCCUGAUUGCGUUCAUACUACCGUCACUCAUUUUUUGCCUUAACGUUCCUCGUCGUCGCCGCCUUGACCUACCGACCGGUUUAUUCUCUGGUGGAUCUAUCGAUAUAUCAAGUAUCCCUCUAUUUAUUCUUAAAGUCCCUCUUGCUUCAUUCAUCGUCACUAUAGACAUCAUUAUUUGGACAUGUGUAGUGUUUUCAGUGGCUAGUCCAAUGAUCACAUCGGGUAUUUACGAGGCGCUCCUUGAUGCUAGAGUCUUGUCGUAUCUAGAAAGUCGAAGCAAAGAAAACUCUCUUUCCGCUAAGGAGAAAGCUCAUACUCUCCUUUCUAUCUUGAUAGGCAACCUUGAUAUUCAAGCUUGGCACUCAAGUAGCCUGUUCGUACACAAUAUUCCUGGGGGCGUCUUUCGAAGAAGACCCGGUUCUCAGCCUACGAAAACAACUAUCGAAUCGGGGAAAGGGGUUCCACGCCCACUAGACCCAAUCACGCCAAGCCACUCCCAUGAUGCCAGUACUUCGAAUAUGCCAACAAAAUUCCCCCCAAUAGGGAGAUUUAAGCAGUCAUCGUAUAGUGUUCAGCAGCGUCGGAGUAUUGUUGCUACCAAAUGGCGGUUGUCAGCUAUGUUGGACUCGCAAAUUAGCUUUGGCACUUCAGUCGGCGCACCAGUCCUUUUCUACAUUGCAUCUUUCAUCUGGUCGGUUUACGAAGUUCGCGAAGAACUAGGCUCCUAUGUUACGGCGCAUCAAUUGGCUGCUGGGAUGUUCUGGAUGACGAUACCCCAUGUCGCUCUUGUUAGCUGCCUUCUCCUUGCCGGCAACAACCCGAAUAUAUGGCAAAAUGCUGUUGCUGAAUUCCUACUUGCUUCCAACCCCUUAACCUCUAUAGAUUCCUUAAGAUUGAUAGACACCGAUCUGGAGUCUGAUCCCGGCGGGGCUCGAAAUCUUCAUAGCGCAGAGUUUACUUCGGAGGAUCCAAAAGCGAUUAGAUAUACCAGAUCAAUUAUAUCUAGAUUGGUGAAUCGUAUCUUUGGCUUGGCUUACGAGGAGUCCAGAUUCAAGCCAGCGUGGAUGUGGAAUAGGGGGUCCAAUAAGGCCAUGUGGAUUGCGAAGCUCGGCGAUGAAUAUCCGCGUCUCAGGGGAAUGCGGGAAGAAGUCCUAGACAGAAACUUCAAAAAAGACCUCUGGACCUCGGCCUUUUAUGGAUUUACCCUUUACUUCGUACCGACAUCCUUCAGCGUACUAGUCAGCUAUACUACUCCUCGGCCUGGAUUUGGCUGCCGUUCCCUUCUCGUCUUUGCCUACGGCAUAUCUCAACUGAUCCUCCAGCUUCUAUGGUUGCUACGGUGGUAUUUCUCUAAACAUGGCACGCGCGGCAAUUCUAAUAAUACAUGGUGUACGGCAGCAAAGUUAACAUCGAUCUACCUAUGGUACUUGAUGUUUUUAUUCGCGAUCUUUAUUGGGACUUUCACUAGUAUUGGUGGGACGAUAUUUGUACUUACGAAUGUCUUAACUAAUUGCUUCUGUGCGAUUCCGGCUAAGUACUGGCGAGACCGUUGGACAAAUCCUGAUGCGCUUAUAUUUGUUGAUGACUCUACGUGGGAACAGUUAUACUACGCCGAGAAGUGGUGGUUUCCAGCUGGUGUCGUUGGCGUUAUUUUCAUGACAAUUGUUGCUUACAUCGGAUGGUGGUAUCAGCGGAGUCUGCGCCAGCGCUAUUGUGACUUGGUAAGCAAGAUCGACCACGUUAAUGAGGUCGAAUAUGAAGACGAAGAAGUAUACGAUACCGACGUCGAUCGUGUGAGGGGGAAUUCCACUGAUAGGAUCCAUAAUACUUAA